UCCUCUCCUACGGAUCGAUUUAUCUGCGCGCAGCUGUCAUCACUGAUUUCCAACCUGCACACCGUUCACACAGUACAACACGUCAAAAUCUACAGCAAUGGCAGAUCCAAGAAUACGGCAGAUUAAGAUAAAAACCGGCAUCGUUAAAAGGCUGGCGAAAGAGGAGAUUGCGUACAAAACAGAGGCGAAGCAGCAGGAGGAGAAGGUUGAGCGCCUGAAAACAGAGGGAGCAGACGAUUAUCUCAUCAAGAAACAGAUGGAGGUAUUGCAGGAGUCCAAAAUGAUGAUCCCAGACUGCCGUCGUCGUCUGACCAUAGCACACGGAGAUCUGCUUCAGUUAUUAGAAGCAGAAGAGGAUUUGGGUGAAUCAGAGGAGUACAAAGAGGCUAGAAACGUAUUGGACUCAGUGAAGCUUGAAGGAUGAUUUCUGAUCUGUUUCUGUUCUCACUGUGAGAUUCACUUGCUUUAAAUGUCCAUUCCUUUCGUCAGGCCCUGUUUGGAAAGCGUGGAGGCAAGCUGAAUCCAUUCAGAGUCUCUGUUCUUGAUGUAAUUAUUUCUACUGUUUACUGUUAACGUGCCACCACAUUUGAUCACACUCCUCCUGUGAGUAAAAUCCCACAAGAACACGAUAAAACAUUCAGAGUUUUUUUUUUUCCUUUAACAUUUUAUUCAUCAUACUAAUACACAAUUUGAACUUCAUAGACAGGAUGAAAUACACGCAGGUUUGUCUUUUCUGCAUUUUUAAUGGUGUGGGUCCACUGUGGGAUUGGCUUUACACUGGUGACUAUUGUAUUUGGUGAAAAACUGCAAAUGACUGUAGAGUGUGUUAUGAAGUGACGGCUUUCCUUAAUACUUUUCUAAUUCAUUUUGCAUUCCUUUUAUAUGUAUUUGAGUUGCUUAAACCUGCAGGACCUUUAUUGGCUCCAGCCUCAGAUAAUGAUGCAUCCCAGAAUACUUACCAAAGCCGCAAGUAACAAUUAUUUUCAUUAUCAGUUAAUCGUUUGAUUAAUUGUAAAAAUUACCUAUCACAAUAUUCCUCAGCUUGUUUUGUUUGUUCAAACAACAAAUAUAGUUUACUGAUAAUGAUGUAAAACAGUGGCCAAGCAGAAAAUGAUCAAAUUUGAGAAACUAAAAGCAUUGAAUGUUGGCAUUUUUUUUUUAAAUCAAUUUUAAAAAUGAUUGGGGAUUGUCAUUUUCUUUCAGUCUACUAAUCAUUAAUAAACUGACGGUUUCAGCACUCAACUGAUGGAUGUAAUUGCAGUGAAUUAUCCUGUUAAGAGCAGUGAAAUGGAUUGUGUCUUGAUACCUACAAUAAAAAGGAGCACUUUGGGAAACCCUGUCAGUCAAAAGACAAA